AUGAUUUUAAUUAAUGAUAUAAAAUUUGCAUGUAUGGAAUGUAUAAGAGGUCAUAGAUCUUCAUCUUGUAAACAUCAUGAUAGACCUUUAUUACAAGUUAGAUCAAAGGGAAGACCAGGUGGUUAUGCAAAUGGAAAUCCAAAUCAUAGAAUAGCUGUAUUUGCUGAACAAAUUGCACCUACAAAAAGUAAUUCUUCUUUAUCAUCUUCAACUUCAAAUUCUGCAUCAUCAAGUACAGUUGAGAGCAUUAAUUCAACGUUAAAUAAUGAAAUAAUUAUUGAAAAAAUUAACGAAGAAAAACUGCAGUCCAAAAAAAAUUGUAAAUCACAACCAAUUAUAAUAUUAAAAUCAUCUUCAAAACAAGUUAUAGAUUUAAGUAAUGGAGAAAUAGUUGGACCUUAUGAUGAAAGUAAAACUGGUAGAAAUAAAUUAGAAAAACCUCAAAUUCAACAACAACCUUUAAUAAAAGAUGAAAGUUUCAUUACUUCUUCUGGUUGUUGUAUACCUAAAAUUAAUAAAAGAAAUAAUAAUAAUACAAAUGGUUGUGGAUGUUGUGGUAAUAAAAAGAAAGAUCAAAGUAAUAUUAAUAAAUCAAAAAUUUUACAAACAUAUAUUGAAAAUAAAUUAAAUGAUCAAAUUACUUCACAACUACCUAUAAAACAAGUUAAAUUUAUUACUGAAAAUCCACAACUUGAAAAUAAUAUAAAAAAUGGAGAUCAUAAACAACACUUACAAUCAGAAAAAUCUUUGAUAAAUGAACCUAUAUUUGAUGUUGUUCCUGUUUCAUCUUGUUCAAUACCUGGGACUUGUUGUUGUGAUAAUGAUUGUAAAUGUACUGGCUGUAUUGUACAUGGAAAUCUUAAAAUAGAACCAAAUACUCAACAAGAAAACUUUCAACAACAAGAUCAAUCAAAGUUUAUUAUUGAUCAAGACUCAAAAUCUGAGAAUUUAAUAUUCAACACUAUACAACCAACUCAUAAUAAUAAUUUGCAAUAUCCUCCAAAUCAAGAAGAUCUACCUAAAAGUCAAUUUCAAAACUCAAACCAAUAUAUACAAGAUCAAUCUCCAACUCCAAUCUGUUCAUGUCCUCCAGAUUCAUGCGAUUGUUUCAAUUGCGAAUCUCAUGGAAUAUUAAAUGGGUACAGAUUAGAUGACUUUUUCAAAAAUCAAACAAAUCAACAACUUUUAUAUAAUGCAUUAGUUUCUGAUUUCAAUUUUGAUGAUGCAAUCUUUAAUACUCAAUUACAAAAUAAAAUACCAGCUACAUUACCUCAACAACAUAACACUCAACAACCAAUCCUACCUGUAAACAAUAAUAAUGGAUACAACAAUAAUCCCAAUCAACAACAAAACUCAAGUAACAAUGCAAAUCAAUACUUUAGUGAAAAUUUUAGUGGAAAUUAUAAAAAACAAUACUAUGAAAACCAUGAAAAUCAUCAUCAAUAA